CUUGAGAAACCAAACCCUCGCUUGCAUCCCCAACCUUUUGGCUUUCGCUCUCUCUCUCUCUCUAGAAAACCCGUUAAAAAUCACCGUAAUUUCGGCCGAAACGUAACCACCAAAACGAUAACAGCAUUCAACGAGAAGGAGAAGAAGAGUUAGUACCUGAGAUGGCGCCGGCGGCAGGCGUUGAGUCACAAUCCGACCGAGUCCCGAUGAUGAUUCCGUCGACGGUUCAACAAGCUCCUGCGAUGAUGUCGGAGUCGUUUGCCAAGGACGCGAUUAUCGCGUGGUUCCGGGGAGAGUUUGCGGCGGCGAACGCCAUCAUCGACGCGUUGUGCAGUCACCUGAAACAGCUUGAGGGCGGCGGAGGAUCGGAGUACGAUUCGGCGUUCACUGCGAUCCACCGGCGGCGACUGAAUUGGAUCCCGAUUAUACAGAUGCAGAAGUUCUACUCCAUCGCCGAUGUCGCGAUCGAGCUUCGACGAGUGGCUGAGAAGAAAGUGAAAAACAGAGAGGAAGGCGAGGAUGUGAAGAAGAAGAAUAGCGAAGAGGAGAAGAGUCGAGGAGUUUCUGAAGUGGAAUCGACGGAGAGCAAUGAAAAUGGCGGUGGUGAGGUGGUGGAUGAAGAUUCGAUGAGACAUGAUUCACCGGAGAGUGAGAUUACUGAUACAGG